AUGAUUGAUUCUUCAAUCGAAUUGCCAGAUCUUUGUUGGUUUAAUAUUUGUCAACAUUUAUCAGUAGGUGAAAUAGCUCAAUUAUCAUCAACAUGUCAAACGUUGCGUCAUAUGUUAUGGUCACGUGAAUCAUCUUUGUGGUUUUAUUUAAUUCAAUUGAAAUGUAAAUCAAUUGCUCUUUAUCGAUCAAUAAGAGAUUUAAUGGAUGAAGAUGAAAGUGAAGAUGAAAAUGCAAUUAUUUUCGAGAAUGAACGAUUUUCUCAAAGACUUCUAUCAGAAAUCAAAAUUUACCCAGUUUUCUAUGAAAAAUUUCUCAAUCUGGGACAGUUUUAUUCUUGAGAAUGUAUAAGUCCAAUAAUUCAACUAAAACCAGUGAAGAUUGACGAUGAUGGUGGAAUUUCUAUUAUAAAAUCUCAUGACUCAUCAAUUGCUCACCAUUUAACACUUUUCUUUUUCAAUAAAAUACCUUUAUGGGAUAAUUUACUUCCAGGUCGUUACGAUUUAACAUGUCAAAUGCGAUUACGACGUCAGUUGUUCGAUCAAUCUUCUAUUAAUGUUAAUUUACUUAAUGCAGCUCCUAUUGAUAUUAGUUCCCUCUACUGA